AAGACAGUGAAGUGAUUUCCUGUUUAUGAGCUUGAAGUGAUCUUUUGUGUGGGACUUUUUUUUUCCACACACGACGUGCUCAGUUCAAACAAAACCAUUUUAGCCUGUAUUAUUUCAAAACCUAUUAUAACGUGACUGCUGCGUCAUUUAAUAGCCAACCUGCCAAACACUGUACUUGAUUUACAAUUAUUUUGUGAAGCAACUUUUAAAAACGCUAUGUUAAUACAUUUGUAACUAAGUAUAAAUGUAACAUCUAUAACACCCACACGCCCUCGCUGUUCUGUAGCCUAAUAUGUUCACUCGCGUGAUUCGCCUGGAGUGGGAGUGUAAAUAACAGAAUUCCCUCGAGCAUCGUGAUGUUCCUCGUGACCAUGAAUCACUGAAUGACGCCCCGAAACCCACCACCGCAAGUGCCUUCAAACCCCACGAACACGUCUUGUGAACCCAGCGACAUUAAAUUCAGCAGCAGCGUGGAAAUAUGACUCGCGCGAGCGGAAUCGAGCUACGCUGUGGAUGUUUCACGCGCGCGGUCACUUACAUGGUGUGUUUAAGGCUCCGGGGCGAGGCGUCAUGCGAUCUACCUGAGCGUGAUUGUUCCACCUGGAGGCCACAGGAUGCCGGUACAGGCAGCUCAAUGGACUGAGUUUCUAUCCUGCCCCAUCUGUUACAAUGAGUUUGACGCCUGCAGCCACAAACCCAUCAGCCUGGGAUGCUCGCAUACCGUCUGCAAGACCUGCCUGCACAAACUGCACCGCAAGGCCUGUCCUUUUGACCAGACGGCCAUUAGCACUGACAUUGAUGUGCUGCCUGUCAACUGUGCCCUCCUGCAGCUGGUGGGGGCGCCGGUUCCGGAGGGAGAGAUUGUGAGUGUGGGCAGUGUUGAAGACACAAGACAUUAUGAAGUGUGCAGGAUCUGUGUGGAGGAGCUGGCGCUGUAUCUCAAACCAAUCAGUGGAGGAAAAGGUGUAGUGACCCUCAGUCAGAGCACGCUCAGUAGACCCAUGCAGAGGAAGCUGGUGACCCUUGUGAACUGCCAGCUGGUCGAGGAGGAGGGCCGUAUGCGGGCGGUCCGGGCGUGCAGAUCUCUGGGUGAGCGCACCGUCACUGAACUGAUUUUGCAGCACCAGAACCCACAGCAGCUCUCCGCCAACCUAUGGGCCGCUGUGCGGGCACGCGGCUGUCAGUUUCUAGGACCUGCCAUGCAGGAAGACGCUCUGAAGCUGGUGCUGCUGGCGCUGGAGGACGGCUCGGCUCUCUCCCGGAAGGUCCUGGUGCUGUUUGUGGUGCAGAAACUGGAAGCGCGCUUCCCUCAGGCAUCUAAGACCAGCAUCGGUCAUGUAGUUCAGCUGCUGUACCGCGCCUCCUGCUUUAAGGUGACCAAACGUGAUGAAGACUCCUCACUCAUGCAGCUCAAAGAGGAGUUUCGCACUUACGAAGCCCUGCGGCGCGAACACGAUGCUCAGAUCGUUCACAUCGCAAUGGAAGCGGGACUGCGCAUCUCACCGGAGCAGUGGUCGUCUCUGCUGUACGGGGAUCUCAUGCACAAAUCUCACAUGCAGUCAAUCAUAGACAAGCUUCAAUCCCCAGAAUCCUUUGCAAAGAGCGUGCAGGAGCUCACCAUAAUCCUGCAGAGAACAGGAGACCCAGCCAAUCUCAACAGCCUCAGAGCUCCUCUCGAGCGACUGGCCGGCAUCGACCACAACCCUGAUGCAGCCGCUCCGUCCUGGACAGAGCUGGAGAGUGUGUUAUUGGCCGUGAAGGUUGUUGUCCACGGGCUGGUGGAAUUCAUCCAAAACUUCAGCAAAAAGAGCAAUGAAAGUCCUCAGGCUCAGCCCAACAGCAAGUACAAGACGAGUAUGUGCAGGGACUUACGGCAGCAGGGUGGCUGUCCGAGAGGGCCCAGCUGCACCUUUGCCCACACGCAGGAGGAGCUGGAGAAGCACAGAAUGAGGAAUAGGAAAGCCAGUGGGGCGGCGAGGCCCUUCCCCUCAGUUCCAGUGGUUAUGCCCAAAACCGGCACCAAAGGAGCAGUCCCUGGGUCAGAGGUGAAGAACCACGAGAAAGACGCCCCAGAGGACGCGUCUCCUACUCAGCUCAUCCCUAGAGGAGGAGACCACCAGGAGGACAAAACGCUCCCCAGUAGUGCAAACGGACUGCCUGCUGCCAGCCUCGAACAAAAUCACAUGAGUCAGAGCCAGUCGUCUGCGAUAGCUUCGGGAUUGUGUACAGAGGACGACUGCUGUCUCCUCAAACACGGGCCUGUCCUCACGAGAGCUCAUCCUAAGAUUUACUACUCUCAGGACCAGAGACCAUAUGACCUGUCAUCCUACAACCAACCUGCCAUUCCUCCUCACAAGUCAUGCAAUGCUCGCUUCCAUCGUUCCAGCAACGUCCCUGAGUCCAUGUUACCCCCGUCAAUGGGCCCUCUGUACCCAGACCAGCACCCCUCUGUUCCUCCUGCAGACAGAUUAGGCCCCGGUCCGUACGGGCCACCCUCGACCUACACCUCUAUGUCCCACGCACACAGCAUGUAUACCCCGGUCUACGACAGCCGGCGCGUGUGGAGGCCGCCGCUGUAUCCCAGGGAUGGCGGGAGGAGUAACUCUCUCCCUCCAGAGGUUUUUCACUCCACCGCCUACCAGCCUCCCCUCCGGGAGCGCUUCAACUCGCUGGACAGCCCCUACUGCAGCACCGCGGAGCAGAGAGCACCAAUGCACAGGGAUACGUACACCCGUGUUCCUCUCGGCUAUGAGGAACUCUAUCGCCACAAACAGGAACAGUGGGUACAUCACCACGGCAACAUGAACAGGCCCUCCCAAUCCUCGCCGGUCUUCACUGUGGAUGUGUGUCCAGAGGUACGGCCCACCGAUAUGGUGUUUUUAGAGCAUCCUGAGGGUGUAGGUGGUGGGCGUAUGACUUGUAAGUGUCAUGGUGGAGAAGAGAGUCUUGCCCACUACUCGCCCUGGUCGUGCAGCACCAUCAGCCCAUUUGAGUCAGAGCCCCACCAUUUGUCAUCCCACUCCUGUUCCAAACAGCCAGAUGGGGAGAGUGGCGGCAAACGGUGGCUACACAUGUUUGAGCCCUACAGGCGGCUGAAAGAUGAAGAUCCCAUCAUUCCUUUUGGAGAGGGGCCCAUCAUAUCUAAAUGGGGAGCCAUCUCUCGGGCAUCCCGCACUGGCUUUCACACCACUGACCCGGUCCAGGCCACUGCAUCACAGGGGUGCGCCGGCACCACAUCAAUCAACUUCAGAGACUAUAGCUGUCAUAUUGGUCACAGUGACCACAGAUGGGGCCCACGCGGAUCUGAUUCUUCUAGUCACUCCAGCUUUCUAGAAAGCGAUCAGCUGGCCGUGUCAGGGCUGCAUGUAAGGCACAACUCCUUCAGCAGCGGGUCAAAGCAGGGCACAGAUCUGCUGGGCAAAGAUGGGACGGAGAGUGAGCCUGACAGAGACAUCGAGCUGGAGCUGUCCGCUCUGGACAUGGAGGACACAGAGACACAGGACUGCAACUCUGAGGACUCUAUGGAAACCCAUAGCCGCUCCAAGAACAGCCACCUCUCUACAGUCUUCGGUGAUCCAGCGGCAAGUUCUCAGUUGGAAAACAACCUGCCUGACAGAAUGGACGCCCACCUUAUGAAGAAGAUGGCAUUCAGAAAGACCCUCUCUCCUGGAGACCUCAGUAUGGGAAAGAUGUUGACGAGGACAUGCUCGCCCAGGUCUGGAGACCCUCCGCGACCCAGUCCAGGACCUGAGAUGCUGCUAAACGGGAACUGAGGCAGGCUGAAAACACCAGUCCUCCUCAUGUUCUAAUUCCAUGGGGUCAUGCCAAGAAUCCACCAUCCUCCUUAGGUAGAAGGUAGAGUUGCCCUUAUAGGAGUCAAUCGAGGCAGCGAGACGCAGCCAAACGCCUUCUGUAUUCAUGUGUUCUCUUCAUAAGAGCUAGCUAUGCCCUGUAAUUGUAAUCACUCAUCGUCUGUUCAGAGUCGGUUUGUUUUUCUUAAUCACUGCUUGUGGAUGAAUGUUCAUGUUAAGUCACAACUCCACCUCAGGUAACUCUCGAUGUCAGCCAAUCAGAACUCUCAAGCCAGUUACCUAUGUCCCGUAACUCUGUACAGAAGAGACGGUUCUCACUAGCUUUUAGCACACUGAGGAAACCAUAAUCUACUGUAUGAUGAUUAUAUAGCAGACUCUUCCAAUAUAUCUUAAGAAUAACCAAGGUGCUUGGAAUCUAUAGAACAUGCAUUAUUAUUAAUAUUAUUGCAGUGUUAGCCACUGAAAUGUUAUGUGCAUUAAUUGUUUGUUGGGCGUCAUUGUUUGAAACAGCCAUUCAUUGAUCAUUGUUUAAAUGUAUGUGUGUGGAUUAUGGUAUAUGUCUGGUAUCUCUUAAGAGACAUUUCACAGGUAAUCAAUAUUUUGUAGAAAUAUUCAAAAGAAACAGUUCACCCAAAAACGAAAGUUCUGUCAUUCUGUCAUCACCAUAAACACAAUGUUAAAGUGGGCCAUACGACUUGUGUUAUGUUAUUACGUUAAACAUUAUUUCCAAGUCUUAUGAAGCCUUAUAAUAAUUUUGCAUGUGGAAUUUAUGUAGCUAAUCAUUACAUUGUUCGAGUCCGAGUCCAGGCCUGAAUAAUUUCAGUAAGUCAAGACCAGAAGUGUUGAGUCCGACAUAGAAGAACACCAGAUAAGGGUCGAGUCUGGGUCAAGACCAAGUCCAGAAGUGCUGAGUCCAAGUCAACACAGAAACCAGAAGACAGUCAAGUCUGAGUCAAGACCGAGACCAGAAAAGGGCCCAGUCCGAGUCAAGACAGAAACCAGAAGAAGGCUGAGUCUGUAUCGAGACAGAGACCAGAAGAGUGUUAAGUCUGAGUCAAGACUGAGACCAGAAAAGGACCCAGUCCAAGUCAAGACAGAAACCAGAAGAAGGCUGAGUCUGAAUCAAGACAGAGACCAGAAGAGUGUUGAGUCUGAGUCAAGACAGAGACCAGAAGAGGGCCCAGUCCGAGUCUAGACAGAGACCAGAAGAUGGCUGAGUGUGAAUCGAGACAGAGACCAGAAGAGUGUUGAGUCUGAGUCAAGACUGAGACCAGAAGAGGGCCCAGUCCGAGUCAAGACAGAGACCAGAAGAUGGCCCAGUCCGAGUCAAAACAGAGACCAGAAGAGUGUUGAGUCCGAGUCAAUACAGAGACCAGAAGAGUGCCCAGUCCGAGUCUAGACAGAGACCAGAAGAGGGCCCAGUCUGAGUCAAGACAGAGACCAGAAGAGUGUUGAGUCUGAGUCAAGACAGAGACCAGAAGAGGGCCCAGUCUGAGUCAAGACAGAGACCAGAAGAUGGCCCAGUCUGAGUCAAGACAGAGACCAGAAGAGUGUUGAGUCUGAGUCAAAACAGAGACCAGAAGAGUGUUGAGUCCGAGUCAAGACAGAGACCAGAAGAUGGCCCAGUCUGAGUCAAGACAGAGACCAGAAGAUGGCCCAGUCUGAGUCAAGACAGAGACCAGAAGAUGGCCCAGUCUGAGUCAAGACAGAGACCAGAAGAGUGUUGCCCAGUCUGAGUCAAGACAGAGACCAGAAGAGUGUUGAGUCUGAGUCAAGACAGAGACCAGAAGAGUGUUGAGUCCGAGUCAAGACAGAGACCAGAAGAUGGCCCAGUCUGAGUCAAGACAGAGACCAGAAGAUGUUGAGUCCGAGUCAAGACAGAGACCAGAAGAGUGUUGAGUCCGAGUCAAGACAGAGACCAGAAGAUGGCCCAGUCCGAGUCAAGACAGAGACCAGAAGAGUGUUGAGUCCGAGUCAAGACAGAGACCAGAAGAUGGCCCAGUCUGAGUCAAGACAGAGACCAGAAGAGUGUUGAGUCUGAGUCAAGACAGAGACCAGAAGAUGGCCCAGUCCGAGUCAAGACAGAGACCAGAAGAGUGUUGAGUCCGAGUCAAGACAGAGACCAGAAGAUGGCCCAGUCCGAGUCAAGACAGAGACCAGAAGAUGGCCCAGUCCGAGUCAAGACAGAGACCAGAAGAGUGUUGAGUCUGAGUCAAGAGAAGAGUGUUGAGUCCGAGUCAAGACAGACCAGAAGAGUGUUGAGUCUGAGUCAAGACAGAGACCAGAAGAGUGUUGAGUCUGAGUCAAGACAGAGACCAGAAGAAGGCCCAGUCCGAGUCAAGACAGAGACCAGAAGAGUGUUGAGUCCGAGUCAAGACAGAGACCAGAAGAGUGUUGAGUCUGAGUCAAGACAGAGACCAGAAGAGUGUUGAGUCUGAAUCAAGACAGAGACCAUAAAUAUAUGAUCUAAGACUUGGACUUGUGUACUACAACACAGAAUGUUGGUCAUUUUUGGGUGAGCUGUAUCUUUAAUAGCGAUAAGCAACAAACAGCACAAUAGAAUUUCACAGUUCAGUCUUGUUUGAGGAUGUGGAAUUGUUUAGUGUGUAUGAAACGCCUAAUACAGUGACAGUUCCUGUCUGUUGUUUACAAUAGUCAAAAGGUCACUUCGGUUUUGGUUUUUGCUGUUGUUGAUUCUUGUAAUUUCAGUUUGAAGAAUACAGAUGAUUAGACUGAGUUUUAGGGUUCUUUAGUUUCCAAAAUUAUUUUUUCCCCUUAUUUUAUUACAAAACAUUGCUAACUUCCAUGAAGUUGUUGUUGGAAUAUUUUGUAUCAGUUUUUAAUUGUUUGGUCAGCAUUUUGAAAGUACAAUCAACCCUACAGUAUCUACAAACCAUCACGUUUUUGAAGAUUAUUUCCUGCUUGAUUAAGAUUAAAUAGAGGAAAAAUAAUCACAGUAACUCCCUCCUGAAAGGAGAUGAAAACUGUGUAACAGCGCAUAGAAAAACUCCCAUUUAAAAUAGCAUUUCAGUAUCUAAUUUAUCACAGGAUUGUUUUUUUGUUUAAUAUUUUUCUCCGGUCACUGAUUUCUCUUUUGUUAUAUGUAUUGCCUGGACCAGUUAAGUGUGUGUAUAUGUUUGAAUUAGUGAAUGAAUGUGCAUAUUGUCUUAAGCCUGAACAAAAUAUGAAUAUGAAUGCAUUAUCACUUAAGACUGUUAAUCACGGUUUUACUUAUGUGGUAUUAGUGUUCUCCACUUAAAAUGAGAAAUGUGGAGUGAAUCUUCCUGGUCUCAUUAAAUCUCAUUUUGCCUCCUGCAGUCGAAGUGUUUUUCGACAGGCGAUGUUACAGCUGCACCUUCCAGCAAAGAAAUUUUUUGCUAAAUGCUUUUUGAACAAUAUACAGAAAUUUUUAAUGGAUGAGUCCUAGUGUGUUUAUGCAUAACAUCUUGUUGAUUUAGUGCACAUGUAAAGAUUUUUGCCUUUAUUUUUGGUUUAUCUUCUAUUUGUUGGGCCUCAUUUGAUAGGAGAGUUUCAAAAAUGGCGCUGGGUUGGUAACGAUACGAGUUUCCGUUCCAAGUUUCUCUCUAGCUAUCAAUUUGCCUUUAAAAUGUCACUUUUCCUAUUUUAUCACCCGUUGCGAUGCAGCAAAGCCUUAUUAGUACAUGUUUGAUUCGUUUAUCUGGCCAGCUCAGCCCUGUAUCAUGCAUGCUGCCUUUGACAAAGAGGUUCUUUGGCAAAGGAAGUAUGAUUGUGUAGUUGUGUCACACAACACUCCAGUGCUGUGAAUGUCCUGCACUGUAUCUUGCAUUUUACUCACUUCCUAUAGCACUUAUUGUCUGCUUGUAUGGAUUAAUAUCAGGAUUAUGAUUGUUAUUGUUUAAUAUCCAUAGUUCUGUACUUUUUUUCCCUUGGAAAUGUCAGUUUUGUUUGCAUUUAAAUUUUACAAAUUUGCUUAGCUGUAAUAAUGGGGCAGAACGUGUUUGGUUGUGAUGAUGCUUGUUUUUGUCCUGUAUGCAACUGCAAAAACGAACUGAUGUGUUGGAUAUUUUUACGUCUGUAUUAGACAUUUUAUUUGCAAAUCUAUUGUUCGAUUCAAUUGUAAAUGAAUAGAAGAUGGGCAUCCGUCAUUUUAUACAACCAGAGCCAUCAUUAGAUGGACAUACUGCACAUUUUUAUGAUAUAUAAUCAGAUAUAUGAGGCUAUUUAUGGUCACAGAGAGAAAGAGUCUAAAAGUCAGGAAUAUCUUUUGAUGAAAUAAUAGUAGAAAUUAUUUAUAUUGCAUUUGUUUCUUUUUAAAUACCACCGGGCAAAGAUUUCCCUUUUGCUUGUGGCAAUGCAAGAAAGAAUAUAUAGAAAUGUAGCCAACGCACAGUCGAUUCUUAUUGGUUGUUUGUUUGUUAUUGCUCUUGUAUCUUGGCUAAGCUUAGCUCUGAUAUGUAGGGCAAGCUGGUGAGAUGAAUCUAAAGGUCAUGACAUGUAGUUGCAUGCCAAGAUAAUAAAAACAGUUACAUCAUCA